GAAAAGGGAGGAAGUCGUUUCCGGCAUCGCGGAAGUUAUCACAUCGUCCGCCAUUUCCCCCCAAGCGCACGCAAAACACAGCCUGCAAGUUCUUCUGCUCUUUUACGGAAUUUAGUACUGCAGCGAGACGGAAGCGUCUGCACGCUGGGGCUAUAAAAGUCUGCAACGGUAGGAGCAGCAGUCAUGUCGGACUUCAUCGAGAGCGAGGCCGAGGAGUCCGAGGAAGAGUUUGAAGAGAAAGACCUGAAGCCCAAGAAGACGCAGAGGUUCAUGGAGGAAGACGAUGAGGAAGAAGAGGAGAACAUGGAGGACCAGGACGAGCGAGGCAACCUGCGUGGGCUAAUCGAUGACGGUGAUGACGAGGAGGAGGAGGAGGGGGGAGAUCAGAAGAGUGCGAGUGGAGGUGGCAGCGACUCGGAGGAGGAAGUCAGGCAUCGCCGCAAGAAGCGAAAUUACAACGACCUGGAUGAGGAUGACCUCGACCUCAUUGAGGAAAACUUGGGUGUCAAAGUCAAGAGGAGGAAGAAGAAAUAUGAUCGUGUGAAAACGCUGGAUGAUGACGACGAUGACGAGAAGGACCUGAUCGCUGACGAAAUCUUUCACGGCGACGGAGAUGGCGAGCUGGAGGAGGGCGAGGCCGUGCAUGAGCCGCUCCAGCAGGCAGAGGAUGACGAGGAAGGGGAGGACGAGGAGUCUGAUAUUGGCGACUUUAUCGUGGAUGAUGAUGGCCAACCCAUCACUAAAAAAAGGGGAAAGAAAUUCUCUGGAUACACAGAUGCAGCGCUGCAGGAGGCGCAGGAGAUAUUCGGCGGCGACUUCGACUUCGCUGAAUUCGACGUUGACGCCUAUGACCAGGGCGAGGAGGAGGAGGAGGACCAGGACGAGGAGGGCUGGGACCGGCCCAAGAAGCAGACCAAGAGGAGGCAGGGCCGCAAGAGCAUCUUUGAGCUCUACGAGCCCAGCGAGCUGGAGAGCAGUCACAUGACCGACCAAGACAACGAGAUCCGCUCCACCGACAUGCCCGAGAGGUUCCAGCUGCGAUCUAUCCCUGUCAAACCGGCCGAGGAUGAUGAGCUGGAGGAGGAGGCAGAGUGGAUCUUUAGACAUGGCUUCUCCACGCUCACCAUCUCCAUUCAGGAGAGCACAGACUAUUUGGAGCGCGGGACGACGACAAACUUCAGCCGGAAAGGCCCCAGCACCAUCGCCAAAAUCAAAGAGGCGCUUAACUUCAUGCGAAAUCAACAGUUUGAGGUUCCCUUCAUAGCGUUCUACAGAAAAGAAUAUGUGGAACCAGAACUGAACAUCAACGACCUUUGGAAGGUGUGGCAGUGGGAUGAAAAGUGGACUCAGCUGAAGACCCGCAAGCAGAACCUGACGCGACUCUUUCAGAAAAUGCAGUCCUACCAGUUUGAACAGAUCUCCGCCGACCCCGACAAACCUUUGGCUGAUGGAAUUCGGCCGCUGGACACGGCUGACAUGGAGAGGCUGAAGGAUGUCCAGACUCUGGAGGAGCUGGGUGACGUGUACAACCACUUCCUCCUCUACUAUGGCCGAGACAUUCCCAAGAUGCAGAACGCCGCCAAGGCCAGCAAGAAGAGGCUCCGCAAGAUCAAGGAAGUCACAGAAGAUGGCGAGGAGGAGGAGGUGGAGGUAGAAGAAGAGGAGGAGCAGAAGGGUCCAGACCUCAAGCUGGCAUCCCGCAGGGAUAUGUACAGUAUAUGUCAGAGUGUGGGACUUGACGGCCUGGCUAAAAAGUUUGGCUUGACGCCCGAACAGUUCGGCGAGAAUCUGCGAGACAGCUACCAGCGCCACGAGACGGAGCAGUUCCCCGCUGAGCCCGUGGAGCUGGCUAAGGAUUACGUGUGCAGCCAGUUCCCCAGCCCCGAGGCCGUCCUGGAGGGCACGCGCUACAUGGUGGCCAUGCAGAUCGCCCGCGAGCCUCUGGUCAGACACGUGCUGCGCCAGACCUUCCAGGAGAGGGCCAAGAUUAACAUCAAGCCCACCAAGAAGGGCAAAAAGGAAGUGGAUGAGGCCCACUUCGCCUACUCCUUCAAGUACCUGAAGAACAAGGCGGUGAAGGAGCUCAACGGAGAUCAGUUCCUGAAGAUGUGCUUGGCCGAGGACGAGGGACUGCUGUCCAUCGACAUCUGCAUCGACCUCGUUGGAGUCAAAGGGUAUGCGGGUGACCAGACGUACUUUGACGAAAUCAAGCAGUUCUACUACCGAGACGAGUUCAGCCAUCAGGUGCAGGAGUGGAACAGGCAGCGCACUUUGGCCAUUGAGAGAGCCCUCAAGCAGUUCCUUUACCCUCAGAUGGCCAAAGAACUCAAGAGCAAGCUCAUUGCUGAAGCCAAAGAGAGCAUCAUACGGUCCUGCUGCCGUCGACUGUACAACUGGUUGAAGGUGUCUCCGUACAGGCCGGACCAGCAGCUUGAGGAAGAUGACGACCUGAUGGACGAGAGUCAGGGCAAAGGCAUCAGGGUGCUCGGAGUGGCGUAUGCACCCAGCAGAGAUACGCCUGUCUUCUGCGCGCUGAUCAAUGGCGAAGGCGAGGUGGUGGACUUCCUGCGCUUGCCUUACUUCAUGAAGAGGAGGAAUGCCUUCAGGGAGGAUGAGCGAGAGAGGAAGGCCAACGACCUUGAAAACCUCAAGAAGUUUUUGUCCAGCAAGAAGCCUCACGUCAUCGCCGUUGCCGGGGAAAACCGGGAUGCUCAGAUGAUCAUGGAGGACAUCAAGAGAACAAUUGCCGAGCUGGAGCAGGAGUCGUCGUUGCCCGCCGUCGGCGUGGAGAUGGUUGAUAACGAGCUGGCCACGCUCUACAUGAACAGCAAGAAGUCGGAGGCGGACUUUCGAGAUUACCCCACCUUGCUGCGCCAGGCCGUGUCCAUCGCCAGGAAGAUCCAAGACCCACUGGUGGAGUAUGCUCAGGUUUGCAGCUCUGACGAAGACAUCAUCUGUCUCAAACUGCACCCCCUGCAGGAACACGUGGUAAAGGAGGAUCUGCUGUCAGCUCUCUAUUGCGAGUUCAUUAAUCGGGUCAACGAGGUCGGCGUGGACGUGAACCGGGCCAUCGCUCACCCUCACACUCAGAGUCUGGUCCAGUACGUGUGCGGUCUGGGCCCGAGGAAGGGCUCCCACCUGCUCAAGAUCCUGAAGCAGAACAACACGCGUCUGGAGAACAGAACCCAGCUGGUCACAAUGUGUCACAUGGGCCCAAAGGUCUUCAUCAACUGCGCUGGUUUCAUCAAGAUUGACACGGCAUCGCUCGGAGACAGUACCGACUCGUACAUCGAGGUUCUGGACGGCUCUCGCGUCCACCCGGAGACGUACGAGUGGGCUCGCAAGAUGGCCGUGGACGCGCUGGAGUACGACGAGUCGGCCGAGGACGCCAACCCGGCCGGCGCCCUCGAAGAGAUCUUGGAGAACCCGGAACGGCUCAAAGACCUGGAUCUGGAUGCCUUCGCCGAGGAGCUGGAGAGACAGGGAUACGGCAACAAGGGCAUCACGUUGUAUGACAUCAGAGCUGAGCUGAGCUGCAGAUACAAAGACCUGCGAGUCCCCUACAGAGUCCCCAACACAGAGGAGGUUUUCAACCUGCUCACUAAGGAGACUCCAGAGACCUUCUACAUCGGUAAGCUGAUCACAAGCGUGGUGACCGGCAUUGCUCACCGGCGCCCCCAGGGGGAGAGCUACGACCAGGCCAUCCGUAACGACACUACGGGCUUGUGGCAAUGUCCCUUCUGCCAGCAGGACAAUUUCCCCGAGCUCAGCGAGGUGUGGAAUCACUUUGACAGCGGCUCGUGCCCCGGACAAGCCAUCGGGGUGCGGAGCAGGUUGGAUAACGGUGUGCAGGGAUUCAUUCCCACCAAGUUCCUGAGUGACAAAGUGGUGAAACACCCAGAGGAGAGAGUGAAGGUGGGCAUGACUGUUCACUGCCGCAUCAUGAAGAUCGACAUCGAGAAGUUCAGCGUGGACCUCACGUGUCGUACCUCGGACCUGUCAGACAAGGCCAACGAGUGGAAGCUACCCAAGGACACCUACUAUGACUUCGAUGCGGAAUCCGAAGACCUCAAGCAGGAGGAGGAGCUGAAGAAGAAACAGCAGCGCACACCCUACAUCAAGCGUGUCAUUGCUCACCCCAACUUUCACAACAUCAGCUUUAACCAGGCCGAAAAAAUGAUGGAGACACUGGACCAAGGAGACCUGAUCAUCAGACCCAGCAGCAAGGGAGAGAACCACCUCACCGUCACGUGGAAGGUGGCUGACGGCAUCUACCAGCACGUGGACGUGAGAGAGGAAGGCAAAGAGAACGCCUUCAGCUUAGGACACACGCUCUGGAUCAACAAUGAGGAGUUUGAAGACUUGGAUGAAAUCACAGCCCGCUUCAUUCAACCCAUGGCGUCGUUCGCUCGCGACCUGCUGAGCCACAAAAACUUUCAAGAGUGUAACGGAGGAAGCAAGGAGAAAAUGGAGGAGCUGCUGGUCAAGACCAAGAGGGAGAAGCCCACCUUUAUUCCAUACUUCGUGUCUGCGUGUAAAGCUUUGCCCGGAAAGUUCCUGCUGGGAUACCAACCUGGAGGAAAACCACGGGUGGAGUACGUGACCAUCACCCCGGAUGGCUUCAGGUACCGCUCGCAGAUCUUUCCCUCAGUCAACGGCUUGUUCCGCUGGUUCAAGAACCACUACCAGGAGCCUAUACCAGGCAUCACGCCCACCAACAGCAACAGCAGCCGCACGCGCACGCCGGCCUCCCUCAACGCCACGCCCGCCAACAUCAACAUCGCCGACCUCACACGAGCCGUCAACGCCCUCCCGCGAAACAUGACCUCGCAGAUGUUCAACGCCAUCGCUGCUGUCACAGGCCAGAACCAGAACCCCAACACAACGCCGGCGCAGUGGGGAUCCAGCCAGUACGGAUACGGCGGAGGCAGCACCGGCGGAGGCGGCAGCUCCUCUGCUUAUCACGUGUUCGCCACGCCCCAGCAGCCGAUGGCCACGCCCAUGAUGACGCCCAGCUACUCGUACACGACGCCUAGCCAGCAAACGCUGGGCACGCCGCAGUACCCGGGGUCCACCCCCCAGUCCACGCACGCGCACCCGCACGCAACGCACCACAACCACCACGGCGGCCACACGUCAGGCACGCCGUCGCCGUCCAUGUCGUCGUCGCGAGGCCGAACGCCGCAGCAGCAGCAGCCAAAGCCGACCAUCAGCAGCAUCAUCGGCGGCGGCGGCUCCUCGGCGGCAGUAGACUGGGGCAAGAUGGCCGAGCAGUGGCUGAAGGAGAAAGAGGCCGAGGGACGUAAGAAAGCUCAGAGGAUGACCCCGCGACCCUCGCCCAGCCCCAUGAUCGAGAGCACACCCAUGUCCAUCGCCGGAGACGCCACGCCCCUGCUGGACGAGAUGGACCGGUAGGGCGCCGAGGAGGGCGUCCGUGUACCGCACCCCGUGACCCCCUUUUCCCUUUAUCUUGUUCAGUUAGCGUUGAAUCCCUGCCGAUGUGACGGCAUGCCGCGCAGUGUUCUCCGCGUGUAGAAUAUGGACCUGGUGUCAGGCGAGCUGUUGGUGGUGUGCGUCGCGCUUCUAGUUUGGUCUGCGGAGGGGCCCGAUCGUGGUGGGAAAACACAUGGCCUCAAGAUAGAUGGCUCCUGGCCACACCCGCAAUCUUUGUAUGGAACAAAUAAAGACAAGGGUUUUUUUUUUU